AUGGGCUCAGAAAGCUUAUUGGGGUGUCCAGCGGAUGUGAAGUACGAAUGCCGUGAAGUGAAGCGCAACGACUUCGUAUACUUGUUUUGUAUGGUUAAGGAGAAGGCUCGUGCCCAGCACGGGUAUCAUGUGCUUGCACAGGAGCAUAAUGUUAAGUCAAGCUUUGCCAAAGGACAAGUCGACUGCCGGAUCACCAAGUCGGGCACCAAGCCUGAACACAACAAAGCAGCGGCUGGAACUGGGGCUCUACGGGUAUUGGUGGAUCUGGUGGUGGUACCAAUCCCAUAA